CAGGUUUACGAACUGCGAGCUUCUCAGUGGUUUGAUCGAGGGACAGGGCACUGUAGAGGGGUUUACGACGGUUCUCAGAAUUUGGCAUUAAUCAUUGUCGAGAUUGAGGAUUCCGGUGAUAGACCUUCCGAGGGGGAAGGAAACGAAGGGCCCGGCGGGUUCGUCAAGGAUGACGAAUUUCUUCUCACUGCUAGAGUGGAAAAGGAGGACAUCUAUUCACGACAACAAGAUACGUUGAUAGUGUGGACGGAGCCCGAGUCGAACCUUGACAUCGCAUUAUCAUUUCAAGAUGCAGAGGGAUGCGAGGACAUCUGGCAGUUCAUCUGCGAUGUUCAAAAACAUUUGAACGGACUGCCUCACGAAGAUCAAUCCAUACCUUCGAGUUCUUCACCAAUGGCGCCUUCUCCACCUCUCGAAGGAUCAUCCGAUAGUCAACCACCAGCGAAAUUGACUUGGCAACCUCCCACCUUGGCUAAUAUCAGGUCACAAGAGAUGAUGCUGCGUAUGCAAGCCAAGUCUCCCGCUGUCAGGGAACGAGUGGUGGCUCACAUCAUCAAUGAGGUCACUGAAGAUUUGGAAAGUUUAGACGACCUCCACGCUUUAUGUGCUUUGAUGCAGACUAUAAUACUUUUCAAUGAUAACGGUAUCUUCGAAUACAUCCUUCAAGAUGACGUUUUCCUCAGUGUCAUCGGGAUGUUAGAAUAUGAUCCAGAUUUCCCUACACUCAAAGCAUCUUAUCGUCAAUUUUAUCAAGACACAGCACGAUUCCGUCAAAUAGUCGAGAUAAAAGACGCCACCAUCCGUACCAAAAUCCAUCAAACUUAUCGCUUAUUAUAUCUCAAAGAUGUUGUGCUUGCUCGUAUGCUAGACGAUCCCACUUUCAACAUUCUCAACGGUUACGUCUUUUUCAAUCAAGCAGAUAUCAUCGCAUAUAUUCAACAUCCCGAAUCUAAUUUCCUUCCUGAACUUCUCAAUGGUUUCCAAUCCCUUCCUCUUGAUGCACCUUCCAACUCUUCGGGUCCACCAUCUCCACUGGACGAUCGUAAACGCGAUGUGGUGUUGUUCCUUCACCAACUGAUGCUCAUGGGUAAAGGACUACAACUACCCAACCGACUCGCUUUAUAUCGUAAUCUCAUCGAACAUAAUUUGCUGAUCGUUUGUGAAUGGGCCUUUCGUCGAUCAGAAGCUCAAUUGUUACAUCCAGCAGCUGAGAUUCUCACUCUUCUUGUCGAACAUGAUGUGAACGGAGUCAGGGUUCAUGUGUUGAAGGAAGAAAAGGCAAAAAGACCAACUUUGAUCACGGAAAUGAUAUCUCUUCUUACCAGUACGAAAAACCUCGGUUUAAUGAGUCAAAUGGCAGAGUCUAUGCGAAUAUUAUUGGACACUGCUCCUGAAGAGUCUUCGUUUUUACAACGGAAAGAAGGUCACGUAGCGGAAAUCUUCACUGCGUACUUUUACGAAUCAUGUUCCUCACAACUUUUCAAACCUAUCUCAGAUUUACCAAAUAUCACAACUAUCAUGGAUCCUCCUUUUCGACCUACAAGAGAACAAAGUUCGUUGAUACAACAUCUCGUCGAACUGUUAUCUUUCUGCGUACUCAUACAUGCUCAUAGAGCUUCAUAUUUUAUCUUGUCAAAUCCUAUUUCUCCUAAAGUCGUUUCAUUACUUCAUCUAAAGCAUAAACCAUUACGGCAUGCUACAUUACGUUUUAUCAAGGCGUGUUUGAAAACACCUAAUCAUUUCAUACAUCGUUAUUUUGUGAAAAACGAUCUUUUGGGACCCGUGUUGGACAUAUUGGAGAAAGAGAGUGGAAGGGAUAACAUGCUAAGUUCAGCUUGUAUGGAUGUAUUGGAUCUUAUACGGAGGGAAAACGUUAAACCCGUCAUCAAUUAUCUAUUCGAAACUUACCGUACUCGACUUGACUCUUUAUCCACUCGACCAUUUCUUCGUCCUUUUAUCAUCCGUCUCAUUCAACGUUGGGAACAGAAUAACGAACCUCCACCCCCUCCACCUCCAAAUGUACCGGAAGCUGACACUUCCGCUCGACGCGCAGAAGCUGAAGAAGAAGAUUAUUUCAAUGCUUCUGACGAAGAAGAGAUUGGUCCGAAACUUCCUACUGUCACUUCAUCUGAUAAACCACCCAAACGUCGACCUAGAGCACAAGGUGGACCUCCACCAAAACGGAAUAUCCGAUCAUCAGCUCCUUUACCCAUCAGUGGUGGAGAAGGUUCAGCAUUGGGAUUGGAUUAUGAUGAUGGUUCCGAUUCUGAUUCCUCAGGAGCCGCUUCACCACGACUCACACCUACCACACCUACCACUACGGAUCUGGAUGCAGAUUUGAGUAGCGUGGCUAUGCGUAUGCGGAGUAAAAGACAGGAAGAGGAAGAGGAAGAUGAAGGUUUUGCUGGGUUGUUGGUAGGUGCCAAACGGAGAGAAGUGGAGAAGAAUCAACAGAGACCGGCGACAGCGACUCCACAGAGUCCGGUCGCAGGAGGGAAGGAUACAAAGAGGGAGGGCACACCGAUCAGUGGGAGAAAGCUGAGGAUGAAUUUCGGAGCGUUUGGUAAGAAACUGACAAAGCAGUAA